CCACCGUCCAGUGUGAAAGGGAGUGAAGGCACGUGAGGGAGGGCAAGCGAGGCAACAACUCAAAACAACUGUGGCGCUCCAACGGCCAUACCGAAAAGGGUUAGCUCAUUAUGACAGGGUAGCCUCCGGCAUAGGAAGUAUCGACAUUUUUCUCACUUAUAAACAAGAACAAACCAAACGUGGCCUCCCCAGGCGAUACUCUCUAUGCUCCUUCACACUCUCAUUUCUCCCUAAUAUAAAAUCUUCUUCUUACUUCUCUCUCUUCGCCCACCUCCUUUCUUUAGCUCUUCUCUUUCGGGGAUCUCAGCUGCUCUCCGUUGAGGAUUUGGAGAAUGGCGUCUAUGUCACAUUCUUCGGUUGCAUUUUCUGGCACUUCGAUGGCUUCGGAUCUUCUCCGGAGCUCGAGCAAUGGUGUCUCUGGGGUCCCGCUGAAAGCCUUAGGAAGAGCGCGAUUUGACACGAGGAGAAGGAAUUUUACUGUCAGUGCAAAGAUUGGGAAGGCGAAGAAGCAUGAUUAUCCAUGGCCGGCUGAUCCAGAUCCCAAUGUUAAAGGAGGCCUCCUUACCCAUCUCUCAUAUUUCAAGCCUUUGAAAGAGAAACCGAAGCAGGUUACUUUGGAUUUUGAGAAACCCCUCCUGGAUCUACAGAAGAAGAUUGUAGAUGUACAAAGAAUGGCAAACGAAACUGGUCUUGACUUCAGUGAUCAGAUUAUCUCAUUGGAGAAUAAGUAUCAACAGGCUCUCAAAGAUCUAUAUACACAUCUGACUCCUAUACAGCGUGUGGGAAUUGCACGGCACCCUAACAGGCCAACUUUUCUCGAUCACGUGUUUAACAUUACUGACAAGUUUGUGGAGCUUCAUGGAGACCGAGCAGGGUAUAAUGAUCCUGCUAUUGUUACUGGUAUUGGAACCAUAGAUGGUAGAAGGUACAUGUUCAUGGGCCAUCAAAAGGGUAGAAACACAAAAGAGAAUGUCCAACGUAACUUUGGGAUGCCUACUCCUCAUGGUUAUCGGAAGGCUCUACGGAUGAUGUACUAUGCAGAUCACCAUGGAUUUCCUAUCAUUACUUUUAUUGACACCCCAGGGGCAUAUGCAGACCUUAAAUCUGAGGAACUAGGCCAAGGUGAAGCCAUAGCCCACAAUUUGAGGACCAUGUUUGGUCUGAAGGUACCGAUUAUUUCUAUUGUUAUUGGGGAAGGUGGCUCUGGUGGUGCUCUGGCCAUAGGUUGUGCUAAUAAAUUGUUAAUGCUUGAAAAUGCAGUUUUCUAUGUUGCCAGCCCAGAAGCAUGUGCAGCAAUUUUGUGGAAGAGUGCAAAAGCUGCUCCAAAGGCAGCUGAGAAGCUGAGGAUAACUGCUGGAGAACUCUGCAGGCUUCAAGUUGCAGAUGGGAUCAUCCCUGAACCACUUGGGGGUGCACAUGCAGAUCCAUCUUGGACCUCACAACAGAUUAAAAUUGCUAUUGUUGAAGCAAUGGAUGAACUCACAAAGAUGGAAACACAAGAGCUACUAAAGCAUCGCAUGCUGAAGUUCCGAAAAAUUGGUGGGUUUCAGGAAGGUAUCCCAGUUGAUCCUGAAAGAAAAGUCAACAUGAAGAAGAGAGAAGAACCUGUUGUGGACAAAACUCCCGAUGUGGAACUGGAGGAUGAGGUUGAAAAGCUGAAACAGCAAAUUCUUGAAGCCAAGAAGUCAUAUACUGAGCUUCCAGAGUCAGGUCUGAAUGAGAUGAUAGAAAAGCUGCAAAAUGAGAUUGAGCAUGAAUAUUCAGAGGCACUUCAAACCAUGGGCUUGAAGGACAGAUUUGUGAUGCUGCGGGAGGAAUUUGCAAAAGCAAGAACUUCACAGGAUGAGCUCUUGCAUCCAGCUUUAGCAGACAAGAUCUCCAAGCUCAAGGAUGAGUUCAACCAGAGGCUGUCUGAGGCUCCUAAUUAUCCAAGCCUGAUGAAUAAGCUUGAUAUGUUGAAUGAAAUAAGUAAAGCCAAGACUAUCUCAGAGAGGAACAAGGCAACCACUUUGAAGCAGGAAAUCAACAAGAGAUUCAAAGAGGUUAUGGAUCGCGCUGAUCUAAAGGAGAAGAUUGAGGCAUUAAAAGCUGAAAUUGAAAAUUCUGAGAUGUCUACGAUUGGGGAUUUAGAUGAUGAGCUGAAGGAGAAAAUUGUGAGGGUGAAGAAAGAGAUUGAGUUUGAAAUGGCUGAGGUUCUCAAGUCCUUGGGUUUGGAUGUUGCAGGUGUGGAAUCAAAAGCAAUGGACCUCAUUCAGGAGACUCCUGUCCCGGGAUUCCAGUCGAAGAUAGAGGAGUUGAAUGAAGAAAUUAACAAGGGAAUUGAAGAUGCGAUCAGAUCAUCAGAUUUGAAGAGCAAGAUUGAGUUGCUGAAGUUGGAAUUGGCAAAGGCAGGACAGACACCAGAUUUGGAGUCAAAGGAUAAGAUUAGGGCUCUGGAUCAAGAAAUCAGGCAAACCAUUGCAGAGGCUAUGAAUUCCUCAGAGUUAUUGGAGAAGUUUGAGAAGCUAAACGCUGACAUUUCUGAAUCUGCAGAAUCUUCUGGUGGACUGAAUGGAAGUUUGAGUAAAGAAAGCCCAAAAGAAAACAGUUUCGAGUAUGCUGGGCCAGAAAUAGAGCUCAACUAGGGUGCAAACUGUAGCUUUGCUGAUUUAAGUUUCCUUUUUAUCUGUAUGCUACCAGUGAGGCGGCUUAGAACCAGCUCGGUGGCGGUGGUUGAUGAACCAGUUCACAGAUCGAUUUAAACUGCACCCACAUCUUGGAAUGGAACCUACCUCAACCUGUAGCCUUGUUAGUGCAUUCAGCAUGCAUUGAGAGUCCAUCUCAUUAUGAGAUCCAACAGUUUUUGUAUUUACAGGAACAUAGAGAGUGCCAUUAUGGUACUGCUUUUUUUUUUUCUUUUUUCUUUUUUUGAAUUACUUUUGCCCCUUCAUCCACUUCCUUUCCCCUCAUUCUGUUUAUCAAUAGAACUUUUUUUUCUCAAUUGAUAGACUCUGGGAGCAUUUGUAUAGGCUUUGUGAAUGCCAAGGAAAGCUGAAUGGCAUCCUUCCAAAAACCAGGAUAUCACAAGUCUGGUGAACCUUUCACAUCAUCUUUUGCUCGUCAAUCUAUUUCAGUUAUUUUUAUGGA